UGUUUCCGGGUGGCGUGUAGGGCUUGAGGUCGUGAGGUUUCCUUGCCGCUACCAACAUGGAGACUUUGUACCGGGUCCCGUUCUUAGUGCUCGAAUGCCCCAACCUGAAGCUGAAGAAGCCGCCCUGGGUGCAUAUGCCGUCGGCCAUGACGGUGUACGCUCUGGUGGUGGUGUCUUACUUUCUCAUUACCGGAGGAAUAAUUUAUGAUGUUAUUGUUGAACCUCCAAGUGUUGGCUCUAUGACCGAUGAGCACGGACAUCAGAGACCAGUAGCUUUCUUGGCCUACAGAGUAAAUGGACAAUAUAUCAUGGAAGGACUCGCAUCCAGCUUCCUGUUCACAAUGGGAGGCUUAGGUUUCAUCAUCCUGGACCGGUCGAACGCACCAAACAUUCCAAAACUCAAUAGAUUUCUUCUUUUAUUCAUUGGAUUCGUCUGUGUCCUAUUGAGUUUUUUCAUGGCUAGAGUAUUCAUGAGGAUGAAACUGCCGGGCUAUCUGAUGGGUUAAGAUGCCUUUUGAGAAGAGAUCUGUGGGCACUGGGUUGGCUCCUGCUAAUGAAGCUUGAAAGGCUGUACGAACCCUCUGAUGUGAACCCUGGAAAGGAACGAAGCAGCAGAAAAGCAGCAUCUAGUGGAAACAUAGGAAGCGUGUGAAAGCUGGGCCUAGAAUGUCUUCUUGGCGUCGGAGAGACAAGCUCAUCACAGUAUUUUUCCUGCUGGCCUCUGCCGACGUACCAACGAUGUUGGCAUUUUCUUCUUAGUUUUUCAUUUCUUAGAGAAAAUAUACUCCAUUUCUACAACUAUAAUACUGAAUAAAGUGAUUAUUUUUUACAGCCCCCUUAACAUUUUUUGGAGAUGACAUUUGUGACUUUCAAAAAUUAAGGUAAAAUCAGGAAGCGAGAUUUCGUAAGCUGAGAACUGGACAGACGAUCAGCUUUACCUCCGGUGCUUUGCCUUUAAGCAGAGUGUGCGCAGUGCGUUAUUUCAGAUGUGUCUGCAAGCGCGUUUCCUGCACAGUGAGAUGUAUGAAAGGAGCAGAAAUAAAUCAUUUUUGUAAUUAA